UGUUUUAGAAUGGAUCGAUAAAUCAGGACAACAAAAUACACUCGUUCCAGACGAAAACGUCGAAAAUGAUAGAUAUCUACAGUUUGAAAUUACUGGCUAAUUUUAAUAUAAACUGAUAGCUGGUUUCAAAGGACAAAAACACUCCUCGAUGAAAAACGACUGGAUGAAAAUAAUAGUCAUCGGUGGGAUGUGUUCUUGCUGAGAAGGCUCACAGCGUCCAUGAUUAGUGCUUAUUCACUACCGAGGACCAGGUGGAGGAGGUAUCAUGGCUGGUAAGGUGAAAUGGGUGACUGACAUAGAGAAGUCUGUGCUCAUCAACAACUUUGAAAAGAGAGGAUGGGUCCAAGUGUCUGACAGUGAGGACUGGAACUUCUACUGGAUGAGUGUCCAGACCAUCAGGAGCGUUUUCAGUGUGGACACUGGUUACCGCCUAUCAGAUGAACAGAUGGUCAACCAUUUCCCCAACCACUACGAGCUGACCCGGAAGGAUCUAAUGAUCAAGAACAUUAAACGGUACCGGAAAGAGCUGGAGAAGGAGGGUAACCCGCUGGCUGAGAAAGAUGAGAACGGCAAAUACCUUCACCUAGACUUCGUUCCUGUGACGUUCAUGCUUCCUGCGGACUAUAACCUGUUUGUGGAAGAGUUCCGGAAGAGUCCAUCCAGCACCUGGAUAAUGAAGCCUUGUGGGAAGGCCCAGGGGAAAGGCAUAUUCCUAAUCAACAAGCUGUCCCAGAUCAAGAAGUGGUCCCGGGACAGCCGGACCUCCACGUUUAUGGCAGCCUCUAGUGGAAAAGAGGCGUAUGUCAUUUCCCUUUACAUCGACAACCCCCUGCUGAUAGGUGGAAAGAAGUUUGACCUGCGUCUCUAUGUGCUUGUGACCACCUACCGCCCGCUGAAGUGCUAUAUGUAUAAACUGGGUUUUUGCAGGUUCUGCACAGUGAAAUAUACUCCCAGCACCAGUGAAUUAGACAACAUGUUUGUGCACCUUACUAAUGUGGCCAUACAGAAACAUGGGGAUGACUAUAAUCACGUCCAUGGGGGGAAAUGGACGGUCAGCAAUCUGCGCCUCUACCUGGAGAGCACCAGGGGAAAGGAGGUGACCAACCGACUGUUCGACCAGAUUCACUGGAUCAUGGUCCAGUCCCUGAAGGCUGUAGCACCAGUCAUGAACAAUGACAAACACUGCUUUGAGUGCUACGGGUAUGACAUCAUCAUUGAUGACAGGCUCAAGCCCUGGCUAAUUGAGGUGAAUGCGUCGCCUUCGCUGACCUCCAGCACAGCCAACGACCGCAUCCUGAAGUACAAUCUGAUGAACGACACGCUGAACAUUGUCACGCCCAACGGGGAGAUCCCAGACUGCCGCUGGAACCGGAGCCCACCCAGGGAGGCACUGGGCAAUUACCAGGUUCUGUACGAUGAGGAGCAGGCUCUGAGUGAGAACACCGAGAGGGACCUGAGAAGCCGCUCUGGUCAGUCCCUGGGGUCAAAGGGCACGAGGGCCAACACCCUGCGUCCCGCGCCAGCCACCUGGAAGUGAUGCGUGCACUCGGGGGUGCAAUGCCACACUCGGCGUCCCAGAAUGCCCCAUCCUUCACUGCUCUUCCGCCCAAGGGAGAGAGUUUGUGAUUGGUGGCCGCUCGGAGGCCAGGCCACUGGUACCGCCCCAGUGGUCUGGCUAUACCCACAAUGCACCAAGAGGGGGAGACAGAGAGAAAGAGAACCUUAGCAUGACUUCACUGAAACCCCCUAUUCCUGCACAGCACAGUAGAGAAAGGCAGAGACGGAAGGGAGAGAAAGGCCGAAGAGGCUCGUAGUACAGUUAAUUAUUUGGUCCAGCGUGCAUGAGUAGCAUGGCAUUUCUCCAGUACGGCAGCACUGAUACUGAAAAGGUUUAUCCCCAUGUUGUAAAAAGCCUUUUAUUAAGCUUUUUCUAUAUAAAUAAGGAUUGCAAGUUAUAAGAGAGUAUGUUUAUGUAUGUUUAUAUGCACUGUUCUACUCGACUGGUUCACUGACUGAGUGAAAGUGUGUAUGUACAUAAUAGGUGUGUGUGUGUGUGUUGAUAAACAGUAGGGUUUCCACCUGGCGAAUUUAUUGACGCACAUAUUUCUGGUGCAUUUCGCAGUUGCGAUUGCAGAACUCACUCUCAAUCACACUCAUGUAUACAUUUAAGCUUCCAAGUAAUCUCUAUUAGUCAAUGUUGCACAAUAAUAGUACACAGCCACCUCCUUCAUUAAGGUUUCUUAUGCCAAACAGUGCAGGUUGUCCAAAGAAGACUGGAAAACCUGGAACUGGAACCAAAGAUUCCAAAUUUUUUUUUUUUUUUUUUAAUUUUUUUUUAACACAUAUUUUACAUGUUACCAUGUAGAAAUGCGUCACGCUGACCUUUUGCUUUAACAUUUAUUAUUUAUAUGAGCAUUCAUGGUCUUUUUGAAUGACCUACUGGUGUAUUGCUGUUUAUUGUGUUUGUCCCUCCAGGCUUGUGUCAGAUGUAGUGUGAACUUCUGUUAAGUCUGGAAUGUUUAACGGAAAGAGCCAACACCAAAUCAGUUGGUUAUGAACAAUGGAGUUAUAUUGUAUUUCGUAUAAGUAUUUAUUUUAUGUAGUAGUGUUUUUUUAUACAAUUUUUUAAAUUGAUUUAACUGCAAUGCUUUCCUUCUGUACUGUGUUUUUUUUGUCUUGAACAAAGCUGGAAAGUCUUACAGAGAGCAUACAAAGAACAUUAGACAUGCAGUUCCCCUGGUGACAGAAGGCCUCCGCUUUAAACACUUGUGGGCUGUGCCCAUAGAAUCAGUCCAGCUCACACAGAGGAGCCACUUCAGUGUGAAAGAAAUCCUGUUUGAUUUUACUCCCAGUUUUAUAAGCAUGUCCUUGCCUGUAUUCUAUAUCCACAGUAUUACACACACUGGCUUUACAAAAUAUACUGGAGUAUAUGUUAGAAUAUAAAGUACAAAAUAGAAAGUUACGUUUGUCAGAAUACAUUGUAUUUAUUAGGAAAUAUAUCAGUUAUCACCACUCUUGAUUGCAAUCAUUAAUCUUUGAAUACUUUAUAGAAUAAAAACUUUUUAACAUUCUGCCAUACAUGUAAUAAAAUUGCUUUCCAUAGAGUGGUGAUGCAUUUUGUAAUAUUGGCUGGACAUUUUGACACUUUUAAUGUUGGAUUCAGUUAUGAGAACAAAUUAUUGAAAUUGACUACAAAUGACAAAGGUAAGAGCUCAUAGCAAACUAUAACAACCCCACCACUCACCUUGUUCCUCCUUCAUGGCUGUACUCCACCUGUCCUUGUGACCUUGCUGACUCUCACCUGUUACGUUGUGUGUUUAAGAUUCCCGGUUCACCUUGUGCAAGCCAGUCAAGCCUUCCAAACCGUAUAACACACAGGAAAAGCUAUACAAGGCUGCUCAUAACGGGUGUGAUCUACAAUUCUGUAUAUUUAAAACAUAGGGUAAACUGCAGUGCCUGUAUCCCUGUUUGAAAUUUAUCUUUGUUGUGAAGUGUAGCAAAAGGUGUCCUGCACCUUUUACUGUGAGAACCACUGACCUUCAACUUAACGUGUGUUAUAGGCCAGUGGUCUGAACUGGGGUUUGGCUUAUAAGUGCACUUGUAAACCGUUUCAGAUUUUUUCUACUUUUGGUGCUUACUUUUUCAUAGAAAUACCUUUGUCAAUGGAAUCAAACUUGGAAUUUUUGGUACAUUUUUAUUCUGCCAAUAUAGUUUAACCCUCCCAAA